CGCAUGACUCCAGCGAUAUCGGCGUCUUUGCUUGACAAGACGAGGGGUAAAAAAAAAGACGCGUUCCCAAUUCAAACCAAGGCUUUCAAUCCCGAGUGACGCAACCUGAAAUCACCACCAACGCUUCUGCCGCAACGUGACUGAGCACACAUUAGAAGAUGGCUUCUCCAAAGGGCCCAUUCCGACUCGUGACUGUCAACACGGCACCCGAGAGAGCCAAGCGUCUUAUCGGCAGGAUGGUCGAGGCUCUGAAGGACCAAUACACGAUCGACUACGUGGCGAACUGCGAGAGUAUCGAAGAGGUGGAGGGCAAGGUGAAGGAGUUCCAGCCUGAUGUUCUGUUCUCGGCAUCCAUGUGGUCGGCCGAGGAGGCUGCCCGUAUCCAGGCCAUUGCACGCUCGGUAAGGCCGGACAUCAAACUCCACGCCAUCCCGCAAGGACUGCAGGUUGAGAAAGGGCCCGACGCUAUCGUCGAGCACCUGCUGGAGGAGGUACCCAGACUUCUAGGCUAAGCAGCUCGGUCCAAUUGCAAUAGAACACGGCUGUUAUCCCCCG